AACUGCCACACGAUUUGGAAGAACAAAUCGUUCUGAUACACUUCCAGGUAUCAACAGUAUUUUACAUGUGACUUACUUUAUUUCUUGAAUAGAUUGAUGAAGAACUGAAGGAUUACGUGCUUUAAUUCAACAUAAGCUAAAACAGGUGAAAAUGAAUUUGUUACACUCCAUCUUUUCUGGUUAUGUCUUUGCUGCUGCUAUUAUAAUGGGACACAAUGUGUUACCAGCCAUUUCAACCUCCACAUCCCAGACUGGUGAGAGCCUGCUUGACAAUUUUAUAGGGUUUGACUCAGCCCCCGACAAAGUGGUAGAUGGUUCAGUGGUCCGUGUGCGGUAUCACUGCUCCAAGCCAUGUCAGCUUGCAGUGGAGACAGUGGUGUCUACAUUAAGGGAGACAGAUUUAGUGGUCUUCAGGAGGAAAUGGAUCAGCAGCACAGCCCGUGUCUACAGGAUCCACCAUGUGUUGCUCAGAUGGCCUCCAUCCAUUUUAUAUCAACAUGGCUUUUUCAACAGGCGUGUUUUGGAUGCCCAAAAUGCGACAGUUCGUGCUUGGUUAGACCACCUUAAUGAUGGCAGUAAACCCAGGACAUACCAUGGCUCCAUGCUGAGGAUUUAUAAAGUGCUGUGGAUAAAACCACUCUCAGAGCGUCCAACCAAACCUCCCACUGUGUGCCCUUCAUGGUCUGCUCAACUCAUGUGGCAGAUGACCAGAUACAGAAUCCAUCAGUGUCCUCAUGAGUCAGACACAGUGGAUAUACUUAAGUUCCCACUGGCAAGUACUGGUGAGAACUUUGGAGUGGUCCGCAGAUUCCAGCCUUUUAAUGACAGAGCCCUGGAGAGAGCACGCGUUCAUGCUGUGACGCAGCCCAGCGUCACCUUGUCUGUGUGGAUCUACCUACUGAAAUGGUGUCACGAGAAGCUGUGUGGGAUCAUCCAUCAUGUCGAUAGGAACAAUUCAUACAACUCUGUUGUGAUGCAGCUUACUGACACAGGGGAUGUCAUAAUUCAAGCACGUGUGACAACAGGAGAAGAUGAAGCUUUUCGAGCCAGUGUGGUGUUGCCCCUGUGGAAAUGGAUUAGAUUAGACUGUUACAUACAGGAAUCAAAGGUGCUGCUCGACGCAACAUGGGAUGAUGAAACCUACAGAUAUGUAUACAAAUUUCAGGACAGUCUCCAUUAUGAUGACACUGAUGGAUACUUCGUCAUCGGAGGAAGCAAGUACAUACCAGGCAUCCACGGGUAUUUUGGACCUAUCAAAUACUAUCGUUUUGGAAGUGAACAGGUAAAAAACCCGGAGUCCAUAUUACAGGAACUGGACAGGACUUAUCAGGAGUGUCAGGAAAUAAAAGCAUUUACGAGAGCUUUUCUGCAUCAAGUAACUGAGAGUCACCGGCCGUCGCUAAUCAGCGAAGGUGUCUGUACCCCUCACUUCAUUAGACUGUGGGGUCAGCUUGGAGAGGAAGUCAGCACACAAACGUGGACCUGGGAAAAACAACUUAAUUAUAGCACACUUUUCCAUUUCUUGCAAACAAAAGAGAAGGAAAUCAGAACAGGCUCUUUAGGCAUGAAGGAUCUCAGGAGUGCUUUGUUUGAGCAGGCAGUUAGUACAGUGUUUACAGUGGAGCAGACAGAAAGCAAAAUCACUUCCAAAUCAAUAGCUUUACUUAAAGCAUCCUCCUGCUUUGGAAAUCACAAAGCAUCUCUGUUGUUGGCCACGAUCUAUCUCUCUGGCCUGGGACACGCAGCUGAUCGACAACAGGGUUAUCUCUAUAGUUUGAUAGGCGCAGCAGGAGAUAAUCGUUUUGCCCUGAUGCAUGCAGGGUACAAGCACACACAAGGAAUUGAUGGAUUUCCAAUAGACUUGGACAUGGCUUACAGCUACUAUUCUAAUGCUGGAGCGCAGAGCAGCAUUGACAUUUCCAGGAUCCAUGAAGAUGAGCAAUACACACCUGAACACAUCUAUCUAAACAAUCAAGAGGAUUUAAACGGCCUCACACACCUGACAAAUGACCUCUUUCAGUACCUGAAAUUCCAAGCAGAGAGAGGAGACACACAAGCUCAGAAACAUUUAGGAACAAUGCUUUACAGGGGACAGCACGGAGUUUUGAAAGACACAGUGAGUGCAGCGAAGUGGUUUGAAAGAAGAGCUGCACAGAUGAAGGAUCCUUCAGCAAUGUACGACUAUGCCAUCCUACUGAUGAAGGGCCAGGGAGUAAAAAAAAACUACACCCGAGGUUUUCAGCUGCUGAAGAAAGCUGCAGCAAUGGGCUCAAUUAACGCCUUGAAUGGUUUGGGCUGGUACCAUGGGACUAUACUGAACGACCAUAAAAAUGCAGUGAAAUACUUUGAACAAGCAGCGCGAAAUGGGAGUGAUGAUGGCAUGUUCAACCUGGGAAUUUAUUAUCUCAAUGGAAAAAACCCAAACAGUCCACAGAGGAAUGAGACGGCGGCAUUCCAGCAGUUUCUGAAUGCAUCACGGUUUGGACAUGUAGCUGCAUCUGUGGAGGUAGCUUGGUACCUUUCAACAGGAAGCCUGGAAGGGGUGUCUCGGGACGUGGAGAAGGCUGUAAUAAUGCUAAAAACGGUCUGUGAACAGAAUGGACACCUUGGAUUUAUGAUCAGAGAGGGUCUCCAGGCCUACCUCCGGGACUCUUGGCAGGAGGCAUUUGUGAAGUACGUUUUGGCAGCUGAAACCGGUCUGGGUUUGGCCCAGAGCAAUGUUGCGCACCUGUGUGAAGUAAAUGAAGUGAAUUUCAGUCAUGAUUGUCAGAGGAGAUAUCUUAACCACUCCAUAUUAAACUAUGAUCCCCAUCCAGCCGCUCUGCUGAAAAUGGGAGACUACUACUACUACUGUUCCUCCAGCAUGCGGCAAGACUCAUUAUCUUUGGUUGGUCAGGCCAUAUCAAUGUAUGGGAGGGCAGCUCUAGCAGGCAGCCCUCAGGGAAUGUACAACUUGGUCGUUUUGGCACAACAAGGGCACAUUCUUCCGCUCAGCUUCCACGCCUUGUUUAAUGUGUCACAUCAUGAUGAGCAGGACAUUGUGGUGGAGAAGAUCUUAAAAAGAUGUCUGGAGAUUGAGAAUGAAGAAACAGUAACACCCUGCUUCUUAGCUCUGCUCGGAGUUCAGAUGGGAAAAGCCUUGAGGAGAAUGACUCAGAACAGUGCACAGCUCCUCUUGGUAUAUGCAUCUCUUCUGUCUGUCAUUGUCAUUGCUGUCAUCCUGCCUUUACAGAGCUAUCAAAGGGUUCCCUGUCACCGUGUGGCUGCGCUGAGGACAAGGACAUCAUCUGUCAGUCAAGAUGGUGUCCAUGUGAAUAGAGAACAAGAUGGCAGAGCAGCAGGGAAUCAAUGGCUUACCAUCCUGAAUGGUGAGCAGUGGUGUCGGCAGAGGGGAGAUUUGGCUGUGACUCUGUCGGGCGUGUGCCUGUGUGCUUUCUGGACCACACUCCUCUAUCAUCUCUUAUGACAUAAAAUACCCAGCCCAAUGAUCCAAUACCCACAGCAAAAGCCCCAGACACUACAUAUUGUAAGAGCAUACAUUUAGUGGAUGAGUUAGAGCUAUUCAUGGGACACAUUUGUGUUUCGGAGACAUGUGAGUCAUUUUAAGUUACUGGAAAGAGAGAAGUGCUAAUCAGAAUGUGGGCGUGCUGCUUCAUUACAGUGGUGAUGUUCCUCAGUAACCUUUAUUCCUCUGUUUUGGUUGUCGAAAAUAAAUAAAUGAAAAAAAACAAA